AUGAAAGGUUACUUGUACAGUCAAGAUGGUUCAUAUGCGUUUCCUCUCGGUCCGAAAGUAACCACAAUCGGACGAGAAAAUUGUGAUAUCAGCAUCAAUAGUUCAAAUGUGGAUAAUCAACAUGCGUUAUUAGAAUAUGACAAUGAGCAACAUUGUUUUAUAUUAAAAGAUCUCAAUUCAUCAACAGGUUCAUAUGUUCAUGAUUGUCGUGUUCAAAAUGCAGCAGUACGAUUAGCUGAUGGAGAUAUCUUAAGAUUUGGUUAUAAUGGUUUACCACUUGAAUUUCGAGUUGAACAAACAGAAACAACAAUGCCAUCGAUUUAUCAGCGACAACCAGCAGGAAAUUCUCUUCAUGUGAUUACUCAAACGAUUCCAUCGCGUCGAGCAAAUAGUACAACAUCUCAAUACCCUCAGCAGAUUGAUGUACAACAAAAUCCAGGGUUUUCACUCAGAACUCGUCCAUCAAGCGCUGGAACAAAGAAGCCGCUUGGUAUUGCAACAAGUACUACUCAAAGCUCGAAUGCACUUCGUGAUUCUCAAAUUCGUCCGAUAACUAAUGCUUGGACGAUUACAAGUACAGGAAAUCCUAAUCGGAGUUUAAUCAACGGAAGUUUUUGUGGUGAAGUCGAUCUCACAGGUCAAGACAACACGGAAAUCAUCAAUCGUGUUGAUCAACUUGAAAAGGAAGUCAAGGGACGUGAUGGGCAGAUUCGUGAAUUAACCAAUAAAGUUCGAACAUUAGAACCAUUGAGUUCGACAUUUACGAGUGAAGUUCAGUCAUUGAAAACGGAACUGGAUAAAGUAAAACGCGAAAAACACGCUGCGUCAGGUUUAGUGUCAAGUCUUCAACGUGAUUUACAUUCCAAAGAAUCUGAUUUAGCAAAACUGAGUCGAGAAAUCGAGGGAAUCAAAAACGACAGUCGUGAAAAAGAUCUUCGAUUUCAAACAUUACAAUCCAAGUUUAAUCUUCUUCGAGACCGAACUCGUGCCGAAGCGGAACGAUCUACUAAGGAGAAAGAACAAAAACUUCAAAUAGCAGAAAAGCAAGUCAAUGAAUUGAAUGAAAGUAUCAAUCGACUGAAAUCUCAAUUACAAGAUACCGAAAAACAAUUGUUGAAAGUAACGCAAAAUGAACAAAACUUAAAACAAGAAUACGACCAAGCACGAGAACAACUCGUGCAAUUUCAACAAAACGAAACGAAACUCAAAUCGGAUCUUGCAGAUUCUCAACGAAAACUGAAUCAGUCGAGUGCGGAUAUUUGGCAAUGCUUUUCUGACGAAGAAUAUAACGAAGAUCAACACGAUAUCAUCGAACAGAUCCAACAGCUUAAACAACAGUUAACUCAAUCGAACGCGGAAAUUGAAAAUCUACAAGCUGCACAAUCAUCGAGAAAUGAACAAUUCAAAGAAUCGUUGACAAAACUUAUUCAACGAUUUACCGAUGCAGUUGGAGAAGAAACAACCGCUGAUGUUCUCGCUCAAGCUCGACAAGAAAUCAGCGAUGCCGAAGGAGCUGAUAGUGAUGACGGAAAUGUAAUUGGUUUGUUUAAAACAGGAGCUAUCACUGCGAUUGACAGUCACCUGAAAGUUCUUUCAAGAAUGAAUGAUUUGAGUAGUCAACAAAGUGAUUAUGAACAGAAUUUAGCGUCAAUUCGUCAACAACACGAAGAACUCGAACGUGAAAAGCAGAACUUCUUACUCGAACAAACAUCCCGCGAACAGUCGUUCAAGUCCGAACUCGAACAAAUUGCUGCUGAAAAAGAUGCGUCGUGGCAAGAACGUCUCAAGGAAGAAUGUGAUCGUAUUCGCGAACAAACAAGUUCAUCACAACAAGAACAUGACGAACAAAUACAAUCAUUAUCAGAGCAACUUCAGGCAAUGACAGCACAAAAUAAUGAAUCUCUCGAAAAAUGGAUCAACCUUCAAACAGAAUCAACACAAAAAAUUGAUGAAUUAACGACGAAAUUGCAGGAAUGUCAACAGGAAUUGAGUGAAGCGAGAGAACGUUUGAACGAAUUCACUGAUCUUCAAGAAAAACAAAGACAAGAAUUAGCUGACUUAGAAAAAGCGAAGAAUGAUAUAAUUGAAGAUUUGAAUGGACAAAUUCGAGUCUUCAAAGAUCAAGUUCGUCAAUUUUCCAUCACAAUUGUACAAUUAGAGAAGACCGUUGGAGAAGAACAAGAGAAACGCAUCAAAAUAGAAACAGAACUCGAAAGUUCCAAUAAAACCGUUAACGAUUCUCCAACAACGUCACCUGUUGAAAAUAUUAUUCCUGUCAUUCCUGUUCUUACCGCACCUGUGACCGAUCUCAGUCAUGAAUUAUUUGCUUAUAAAUUACGUGUACAAGAGCAAGAACAAAUAAUCAUUUCAUUACGACGAGAUUUAGCUGGAAUGACAGCUCGAUUGUCCGAUGUUCACGGUGAAUUGAGUGAUAAACAAAAAUAUGCUUUGGAAAAAAGUGAAGCGACUAUUCGAGAACAAACGAAAGAAUUGAACGAAACACGAUUGAAACUGUCGAAACUGAGCGAUAUUGUCGAUAAACAAACAGUGCAGAUCGAAACAUUACAAUCGGAUCUAUCAAAAUCAAAAAUCUUAGCUGAUCAAUAUCAACUAUUAGUCGAUCAACGUCAGACUGAUAUCGAACGAUUAACAAAAUCACUUGAACAGAAGGAUUUGGUUGUUCAACAAGUAGAAAAGACCACUCAAGAUGAAGGUCGAAUUACACACGAAUUAGUCGCUGUUGGUGCCCAAUGUAGAGGUGAACGUCAUGAACAGACAAUCGGACGUCAGCGCGAAGCUUUGAAUGAACUACGUGCCCGAAUUAAAUCUCUGGAACAGUUAAGACCAGUGAAUCCAUCGUACGAAAAAGUUUUACAACAAGUUGUUGUUCUCAAACGUGAAUUAGCCGAACUACGAGCUCGACAAGCUCUCCCAACAGAUAUUCCGUACCUCUCCACACCUUCCGGAGCCAAUUCUGUUCAUCAACAAUCGCAACGUCAGUCAUCAUCAACAAAUCACUCCGACCAAUUAUCCGAAACACAAAGAAUUGUCGAAGAAAAAGCAGCACACGCAGAAACAACGCACUCGCUCCAAUCCUGUGAUGAUUUACAUAAUGGAUUUACUCGACGAUUAGCUCAAAUUCUUGAAAUCGAUGAUGAAAGUCUCUCGAAUGUCGCUCCCAUUGCUUCACUUUCUACAACUGAUCGUUAUGUCGCUUUGCAGCAACGGCAACGCACAACGGAGAUUUUAAUCCAAAAAAUCGAAAUGUUACGAGAGCGUUUGACAAGAAAAGAAGAACUCUUACGUGAUUACGAAAAAGAUCUAGGCAAAUUGCGUCAAGCGGAAAUUUUACUACGUGAAAAGAAUGUUUUAUUACAAGAUCUUGAGACCGACAAACGAGCGAAAGAUGAUGAAGCUUUAUUCCUUCGAAAUACUCUUCGAGAAACUCAAGACAAUCUAAAUCAAGAAAAGCGCACAAAUUCAUCCAUUAAACUUCGUCGAAAUAUCGAUGAAUCUCAAACGACAGAAUUAAUCCGUCGUAGUGGUGGUUCGAAAGUAACACUCCAUCAUCAUUGUCCACCGGAUGCGUCAGGAAAAAUUCGAACAGUAAAACAUGAUUUAAAUCAAAAAAUCGCUCGAAAAGAUUACGAAAUCAAAACAUUGAAACAAGAAUUGAACGAAGCGUUGGAUACGCUUUCCGAACAAUCACACAAAGUUCGUCAACUUGAAAUACAAUCUAAAGAUGGAAUUGACGGAUCAAAUGUGUUAACAUCAUAA